AUGGCAGCUCCAGUGACACUGCCUCUGCUCUCCACCGUCGCCUCCUCCGGUGCCACUGCCCUCGGUCCGACCUCCGACGCCGCUUCAAAUCAUCCGGAUCGGCGUGCCCGUGCCUCCCCUCGGUCCGACCUCAGCUCCUCUCCAUCGCCGACGCAGCAGCAGGACAACCCGAGACCGGGUUACCCACGGGUGAUCCACCUCAGCAGCAGCGCCAACCCCGUCGUCAGACCUCAGCUCCUCUCCAUCGCCGACCCCGUCAUCGCUUCCUCGCCAACGCAGCAGCAGCGCCGACCCGAGCCCCGGUGCUCCGACCUCCGCACCGUCGUCGCCUCCUCGCCGGCAGCAGCAACAGCGCGACCCGGGCCCGAGCCCCGCCUCCGCACCAGCAGCGCCGACCCGAGCCCCGCCUCCGGAAGUCCUCCUCCACCGGUUCCGAUUGUAUUGAUUUUGGAAGAGAAGAGGGGUUUUAUAUCAACCCCGAUACCCGACCCAAGAUCCGACCCGCAAUUCGACCCGCGAUCCGACCCGAGAUCUGACCCGAGAUCCAACCCGAGAUCCGACCCGAGAUCCAACCCGAGAUCCGACCCGAGAUCCAACCCGAGAUCCGACCCGAGAUCCGACCCGCGAUCCGACCCGCGAUCCAACCCGCGACCCGAGAACCGGCCCGCCCCUUUUCUGCUGCCUUUUUUCAGUGUUUUUUCACCGACAGUGCUUGUUCACCGAGGCAGUUAUGGAGACGAAGACGAGAGUUCUCAGGUCAAUGAUAUUCAUAAAUUUGAAGUCUCUGUCAAGAAUUCUGACAGUGGUUCUUUUGGAGGAGCCAAACUCAAUGGGGCAAAUUUCCGUAAAUGGAAGAAAAUUAUGACAGCCCAUCUCCGAGGAAUGCACAAGAUAGGACAUGUAACCGGCGUCACUAAGGCUCCCAAUGCAGAUGCAGUUGUUGCCUACACUAAAUGGAACGAUGAUGAUGGCCUUGUAAUGUCUGUCUUGUUCAAAGCCAUGAAUGAAGAGAUACUUGACCUGGUAGCAGAAUGUGAUACCGCGCAUGCCAUAUGGACGACAUUGGAAGUCCUAUUCACUAAUGACUCUGAUUUUAUACAGGUUCAUGAGUUAAUGUGA